AUGUGCCAGGAAAAAUUGGUACAAGAAGCCGUGGAUACGCUUCUAGAUAAUGGAAUCCGCGGGCAACCGAUGAGGGAUGGUCAUAAUAAGGUUUACAAAUCAUUUUCAGAUAUAAUUGAAGGUAAAGAGGGAAGAUUUCGCGAAACCCUGCUUGGAAAAAGGGUUGAUUAUUCGGAGCGUUCUGUUAUUGUAGUAGGACCAUCACUUUCAUUACAUCGAUGUGGAUUACCUCACGAAAUAGCAAUAGAACUUUUACAGACAUUUGUAAUUCGUGGUCUAAUUCGAAAGCAUUUUGCUUUGAACAUGGGAAUUGCUAAGAGUAAAAUUCGGGAAAAAGAACCGAUUGUAUGGGAAAUCCUUCAAGAAAUUAUGCAGGGGCAUCCCAUCUUGCUAAAUAGAGCGCCUACUCUGCAUAGAUUAGGCAUACAGGCAUUCCAACCUAUUUUAGUGGAAGGGCGCGCUAUUUGUUUACACCCAUUAGUUUGUAAGGGAUUCAAUGCAAACUUUGAUGGAGACCAAAUGGCUGUUCAUGUGCCUUUAUCUUUGGAAGCCCAAACGGAAGCUCGUUUACUUAUGUUUUCUCAUAUGAACCUAUUGUCUCCGUCGAUGGGAGAUCCUAUUUCCGUACCGACUCAAGAUAUGCUUAUUGGACUUUAUAUAUUAACGAGCGGGAAUCGUCGAGGUAUUAGUGCAAACAGGUAUAGUCCGUGUAAUCGCAGAAAUUCGAAAACUGAAAGAAUUUAG